UAGUAUCAGUAUCUCCAAGACCGUAGACAAUGUGACAAGCGAAAAAUCAAGGGAACACCGUAUCGCGUGUUUGUGUAAUUGUGUAGUUUUAAUUUAUUUACUUUAAUAACUAAUUUUCUUCUUGUGAAAUGGGACGACACAGAAUAUGUCGUGCUAUAACUAUUCGAAUCGUGUUCAUUAUCCAUUCGUUGAUAGCAAUUGGACAAGUUGCUUAUAUGAAAGAUGACAGAUGGUAUUGGUAUUUGUGUUGCCCGCUACUUCUUAUGGUGCUAGAGACUGUAGUGACGUUGACCCUGACAAGAAACCUCGAAUGGAGUUGGUUUUGUCCAUCCGUGUUUCUCUAUUUGGGAAGUGUAGUACCGGCGAUAUGGCUCCUAGAAUUGGACAAAGUAGAUCGAAGGUUAAAAGCUCUCGAAGAAUUACCUAUGAAUCUGACCACGGGAGGACAACUUAAAGACCUGAACACAUUCAUAGGAAUCGGGGUGGAAAUAAAACUUCCAGAAAUUUCAUUAAGCACAGAAACGUGGAUAACUCUUAUCGAACAAUUCCUCAUGCUUAUUCUUAUAAUAGGGAGAUGGAUGUUGCCAAAAGGUGAUCUCACCAGAGAUCAACUCAGCCAGCUUUUGCUCGUCUAUAUCGGUACCGCUGCGGAUAUUCUUGAAUUUUUUGAUUCUUUCAAAGAUGAUAAGAUCGCAUCUGAACCAGUAUUGGUGCUAUUGACGUUAGCAAUUUGGUCUUGGAGCUUAAUGCAGUUUACUGUAGUAUUAACUGCCACCAAAGCUAGAAAGUCAAGACUUACAACAACUACAUCAACAAUUGAGAAGUCAGAUAAUUGUUGCAGUAUCGACGUUUGCAGUAUUAUUCUUAACAUUACCCUUCAAGAUGCACCAUAUUUAGUAUUUAGGCUGCUUCUUAUUUGUCACUACAAGAUCAUUACGUAUAUGAAUAUUUUCUUUACUUGUAAGAAUACGUUAGUAAUACUUCUUCAAAUUUACAGACUCUACGUCGUAUAUACAGAAAACAACAAAGGCACGCCCGAUGAUGACGUAGAAAGAGCUAGCACUAUUUCCAUAAUCUCCAAUAUGCCAAAAAGUGCUCUUACAUUUGAACCGAGACGAAGGCGAAGACCGAGAUCCCAGCCUGGAAGUCCAAGGAGUACGAUAACGAAUAAAAGUGUGCGAAGCACCAGUAGUAGAAAAAGUAGGGACACAGAAGAGUCUAGUGAUAGUGAUGCGAGCAGACUUGAAAAUAAUCGAGGGGGCAGGAAGUCGAAUACACGAAAAGACACAGGUUAUUCUACAGCCAGUUCGACAGUUAGCGCCAAAAAUCACCAUCAGCCUCAGCAGAAAUCUUUCGAUAACAUAGACGCAGAAACACGAAGGAUGCUAAAGCAAAAAUUGAAACGUUCAGACAAAGAAACACGCGGCAGAAGAAAACUCGAAGACGUGGUUUCUGAAGAAAGCGACGGCACUUACUUAGAGGAAGAACGAAUUAGGGAGAGAAAUUAUCAUCAAAGAAAUAGACAGAAAGACAGAAAUUAUGAUAAAAAUUCAACGGUGACUAUAAGCGAUCAGUCCUCAGACUGACGUCAUCAACUAGCCAUAAUGGCUAUAUUUUGUUUGUAUUUUUUCAUUUUUAUAUGCUGUGUAUUGUUUAUAUAUUGGGGUAUUAACACUGAGGGACUUAUUAUUGCAAGAGUAAAUAGAAGAAACAGAACUAGUAUUUAACUAUUUUUAAUGGGAAAUAAGCCACAAUUUUACUAAAAAAUGAUUUGAUUACGUUUCGACGUCCAAAUCGGACGCCGUUGUCAAAAUAAAAAAAAUAUUAAUGGACGUCGAAACGUUAAUAAAAUCAUUUUUUAGUAAAACUGUAGCUUAUUUAACAUUAAAAAUAGUUCAUUGCAAAAAUGCCACAAGAAAAUAGCUUCAGAACAACAUUAAGAACUAGUAUUUAAUCGGUGUUUAUAGAUUUGCAUGCUAAAAAAAUAAUAGAUGGCGAUGUACGGUUGAAAACGUUUUUAGGGUUGAAGAGAAGCAUAAGAGAGGAGAAGUAAUUUGUUUCCUAAGUUAACCCUGUUGCGAAUCUCAGCUGUUUGAAUGUAGUAAAUCUAGGUAGCUGUAUGAUUACUUUAAGUAGGAGCAAAAUUUCGCACCGAUGUGUUUUAAUAUGUACAUACAUACAUAAUCGAAAACCUCUUAUACCCGUAGGUGUCCAGGCUUUCUUAAAUUUUGUCGACAAAUUUACGCCACUCUUUUCUGUCUCUAGCUAGUUCCUUCGCCUCACUCCAUGUCUUCCCUCUUUCUUCGAGAAUCUCAUUUAUGCUUCUGUUCCAUGUUUUUCUUGGUCGUCCUCUACAAUUUUUCCCUAUUCUUCUCGCCUCCCAUAUCUUCUUCACCUGUCUAGUUUCGUUCAUUCUGAUCAUGUGUCCCCACCAUUUCAAUUUCUUUUCUUCUGCUUUUACCUUUAGUGUUUUCGUUCCUAGUUCUUGUCUAAUGUCUUCGUUUCUUCUUCUGUCUGUUCUUCUAACACUCAGCACUUUCCUCAAGUAUUUAAUUUCACUUGCUUGCAGUCGCUUUGUUUGUCCUUCGUCAAGUACCCAGUUUUCUGACCCGUAUGUUAAUACAGGUUGGUACCCUGUUUGGUAUACGAUGUGUUUUAAAUUAAUUCAUUUUUUUCGAAUCCUGAAAAAAUAAUAAGUAUUUUUGAAAAAUUUAAGCUCAGAAUGAAAGAUUACAUUAUUACCGAGGGCCGAAAAUCCCUUGGAAUAACUAAAAAGUUUCUUUUGAAUGCGAUAUUUGAAAUUAAAAAUCACACUAAAUUUUCUCUUUGUUUACCCCCGUAACUUAUUAAAAUAAAGAUUAUAUAAGUUUUUAGAGAUUUUCGGCCCUUGGUACCUAAAAAUGCAAUCUUUCAUUCUGCGUUUAAAUUUUAAAAAAAUACUUAUUACCUACUCUUAUUAUUAGUUUUCUCAUGAUUGGAAAAAAAUAAAUGUAUUUAAAACACAUUGGCGCGAGAUUUUGCUCUAUGCCUUAAAAAUUUAUUUUUGUUUAUUUCAAUCUGUUUAAAUCCCUCUAACACUUUUAGAAUCCAUUGUUUUGUUAAAUUAAAAACUGAUUUUCUUUAAA